AUGGUCUCGUUCAAGUCCCUAAUCGUCGCGUGGGCUUCCCUUACAUGCGUGGUUUCCGCCUCGCCGCUUAAUGUUACGGACUCUGGUAUUCUCGAGAAGCGCCAGUCUACUCCCAGUGCCACAGGCCGCCACAAUGGCUAUUACUUCUCGUGGUGGACCGACGGCGGUUCUCAGGUCACCUACGCCAAUGAAGCAGGUGGCAAAUACAGCGUGAAAUGGGGUGGAGGCGGCGGUAACUUCGUCGGCGGGAGAUCAAGUACUCUGGUUCAUACCAGCCAAAUGGCAACAUACCUUGCCGUCUACGGCUGGACUCAGAACCCGCUCGUCGAGUACUACGUCGUUGAGAACUUUGGCACAUACAACCCAGCUUCAAACGCGCAGAGGAAGGGGUCAGUCACUACUGAUGGCGGCACUUACGAUAUUUACGUUAGCACACGGACGAACCAGCCGAGUAUUGAAGGUACACGAACCUUCCAGCAGUAUUGGUCUAUCGUAAGUGGUUUCUCCAUCUCCUCCCCCUUUCCAAGUUCCCCUCUAGAGAAGCGGUUCUUCGCACCUCCCUAUGAAGAUAUGCUGAUGCGGAUUUUCCAGCGAACGCAAAAGCGGACAGGAGGUACUGUUACUACAGGCAACCACUUCGCGGCAUGGGAAAAGGCUGGCUUGAAGCUCGGCACGCACAACUACAUGAUCGUCGCUACGGAAGGCUACUUCAGCAGCGGGUCAGCCAUUAUCAACGUCGAGACUCCCCCGUAA